AUGUCGACGAAGAUGGCAGAGCGCCUAAAGGGCAAGACUAUCGUCAUUACCGGUGCAUCAUCUGGUAUUGGCAAAUCCACAGCCAUUGAGUUUGCGCGGACACAGCCCGAUGACCUGAAGCUUAUCUUGACUGCUCGGCGAGAGGACACAUUGAAGGAGGUAGCACAAGAAAUCCAGGGUUUCGCAAAGGGCGUGAAGGUUCUACCCGUCAAGCUUGAUGUCAGCAAGCCAGAUGAAGUUCAGAACUUUGUUGGCAACCUACCACAAGAGUACAAGGACAUUGAUGUGCUUGUCAACAAUGCCGGCCUUGUGAAGGGCGUCGCCCAAGCCCCCGAUAUCUCGCCUGCCGACAUCGACACCAUGUUUAGCACAAACGUAACCGGUCUAAUCAAUAUGACGCAAGCAAUCCUCCCCAUCUUCAAAGCGCGCUCCACACCCUCAGGUGACAUCAUAAACAUCGGCAGUAUCGCAGGUCGGGAGCCUUACCAAGGUGGUUCCAUCUAUUGCGCUACAAAGGCAGCCGUGCGCUCUUUCACAGACGCUAUGCGCAAAGAGCUCAUCGCGACAAGAAUACGCGUUAUUGAGAUUGACCCAGGGCAGGUCGAGACGGAGUUUAGUGUUGUAAGAUUUGGAGGUGAUAAAGAGAAGGCGAAGAAGGUGUACGAGGGCGUUGAACCGUUGACACCGGAGGAUAUCGCUGAGGUUGUGGUGUUUGCUGCGGGACGGAGGGAGAAUGUUGUGCUGGCUGACAGUUUGAUCUUCCCGAACCACCAGGCGGCUGCGACGGUUAUGCAUCGGAAACCCACUGGUCAGUAG